AUGCCAGAGGCCAGUCAUGAGGAACAGAGCUCACUGGUCACUUCUCCCAAAGACACCGACUCCGAGCCGAUCAAAGGCAAGAAGAUCUUCUUUGCAUCAACUGGCAAUGAAGAAACCUUCAUUGAUCACGAUUGUACCCUCAACGACAAAGGAUAUCCGCUGUAUCCUAAUCGCCGGACCAUCUUUGUCAAAACUCCUGAGAUGACAAUCCAAAACUUUGGCUCGGUAGGAUUCCCAAAGACCAGCAAUGUUGAAUGGGAUCCCAAGUGCCCCGGUGCAGCUAGGAAAUGCCCCGGAAAAGUGGCACACCAGGCAUGCAAGAACACUAUCACUUGGUUCGACGAAAAUCAACAGACUAAAUGGGCAAUCCUCCGACACCACGGAACCCACAACCAUCCUUGGCCAGCCCCAAAGAAGCCGGAUCCCUUAUCAAAGCUCAAGCUGAAAAGGGAAGUAAUGAAAAAUCCUUCUGCUGGGGCCUUCAAGCUCAAAUUUGGCAAGCCAACUGCGCCGUUGAACCCUUUUGAAAGUGUCACCAAGAUCCACAAGGCAUUUGUGAACAGUGAUCGCCUGCGAUAUCAUCGGCGUCAUAUCCUCACGGACCUUGGCAUUAACCCAGAGAAGGGGGGUGCUGGCUUAGGCGACAAAUUCCUACAUGACAUGUUCCAAUGGAACCAUGUGGGGCUCCUCAUCAUUUCCUCUUCUUUCAAACCGGGGGUCAAGCAUUUUACGUUCCAAACAAAGUGGAUGGGAGAGCAAUUGAUCCGCCGCAAUCACAACAACAAAGUUUACAGUGGCGGCCUUCUAUUGGACGUCACCUACAGGCUUUUUGAGACUGGCUACUUACUCUCAACAUCAAUGUUCUGUGAACAGACGGCCCGCUGGAUACCUGUUCAGCUCUCGUGGAUCCAAGGACUAAGCGCGGAAUACUACGAAGUCCAUUUUGCUACACUCUUUGAACAGUUCUAUUGCCCCUCAUUCACCGUAUCCGAUCGCGAGACACUGGUUUGGCAGGUCGUCGAUUUUUCCUUAGCACAGAGGGAGGGAUUCAUUGCUGCUUACAUGAAGGUUUUUGGUGUUACCAAUCAUCAACAGGCCCUUGCGAAGUUGAAGGGGUGCCAUGAGCAUUUUCGAGCUCAGGUCACCCGAGUCAAACGCAAUCGGGCGGUGGUUCCACCCGAACAAGAAACAAAAAGAUGGAUUGAUUGGUGGAUAAUGGUUGAUGUAGAGGCUAUGCUGUUUCCAUCUAAACGGGCAAUGAUCUCCGAAUCGGCGAAUAAUCAAGACAACCUUCCAGAUACCACCAAUGCACAAGAGAGCAUGCAUAGGCUCUAUUACAUGAUAAGUGAAGGCAAGAAAUGCCUGAUGAUUGGCAUGGCUGAAUUGUUUGCUUUUAACAAGACCCAACACGAUCUGGCCCUCUCGAUCGGGUGGCAGAAACCACCUAAAAGAAAUCCAGCCAACAAGCCGAAGGCCGAGCCAAAUGAUGGUCGAGCACCAGACACCACCGCCACCUUGCUCCCCAAGAACGUUGGUGGGCACCCAAAAAAUUCGGCAAACCUCAUCAAGGAUCCUUUCUCCACCUACAUAUCUUACUCGGCGUCCCAGGACUCAGCCAAGCAAAACCGCUGCUGGUUGGCUGCCGCUCUCGAAAGCCUGUACGCGCUUUUCAAUCCUCUCUGGCUCCGUGGGACUAACAGCCUCAAAUCAGACAUAUUCACAACACUUGUCAAGCACUUUAACUCACGGAUUACCUGGGAAUUGACGCAAGCCAGUCACAUCCGAUCUUUCUUGGCAAUUGGUCAAAAUUCCUUGCAUGCAGCGGCCAACAAGUUAUCCCCUGGGAGUUUUAUGCCAGGGGCCUUUGCCUUGUGCGAUCUUUUCAUUGACCUUCUCAUUGAUCCAUCAACUAGGAAGGCGGAAACUUUGAAACAUCCGUAUCCUGCUCGAGAGCUCUUUACGGUCACCGAGGUACGCACGGUGUGGUAG